AUGGUUGAACGACUGAUUGAUUUUAAGACCAAGCUGGACCGGAUCGCCGUUGACUGUUUCGCGGAAGAUUGGGAGAUGUUCUAUGCAAUUAGGGAGGCAUUCAAGAAGUUGAUCAACAAACGUUGCAAUAAACCCGCCGAACUUCUGGCCAAGUUUCUCAACCUUCAGAUGCUGAGGAUAUGUUUGAAGAGCUCUAUGAACACGACCUUGCUAAGCGGUUGUUGUAAUCCAGAAUGUGGGCCAGGUUUUAUGGCAAAGUUAGAAGUAUUGUUCCAAGAUUUGGAGACGUCGAGUGAUUUGAACAAGGCAGAAGCAACACGGAAAGAAGGCGGCCAUGGCGAGGGGGUAGAGCUGACAGUGACAGUAUUGAUGUCAGGGAGCUGGCCGAUGAGCCAGUCAAACAAGCCAAAAGUCCUACUGCCCACCCGUUUACAGUCCCACCUGACCUGA